AUAAGUAAUGAGAUGAAAGUUUGGCAGAACAGGUGUUUGGUUAACCAUGCCGUCUCCAAUCCCCGUAACACGGCUACUACCUCGCGGUUUUGGACCAACAGUGGAGCUGGGAGCAUGCAGCAGUCCGCUGUUCAAGAAUGCCGGAGGAUCUACCCUAGCCGUUCCAACUCACACAUUCCGAAGCAAGAUAGCCAGCAGGCUCUGGUCGUCUGUUGUUUACUGGAGCGAGCUCCACUGCUCAGAGCCCCUUGGGUCCGGUGGCUUUGGGUCUGUCUACAAGGGUCAGUACUUCGACGAAACCGUUGCCGUGAAAAAGGUGAAGAGAUGCGCCAAGAACAAGCUUGCAUGCCGACAAAGCUUUUGGGCGGAACUGAACGCGGCGCAUCUGCGCCACAAAAACCUUGUCAGAGUAAUUGCGGCCACCACAUGCAUACCUGACAAUGAAGAUAACGCCGAUAACAUUGGUACAAUAAUUAUGGAACUGGCUGGAACCAGGAAUCUGCAACAGGUUAUCUACGGAGUUGAGCCGCUUCCGGGGGACAGGUGUUUGAAGUUCUCCAAAGACAUCGCACGAGGUCUGCAAUAUCUGCACGCGCACAAGAUAGGACACCUUGACGUGAAGCCUGCCAACGUUAUAGUCUCGGACGCGGACGCGUGCAAAUUGGCUGAUUUUGGUUGCUCUCUGAAGCUUGGCCAGUCAGGAGAUCUGCGCCCUCUCACAACUCAUCUCGGAGGCACCUACACACACCAGGCGCCUGAACUGCUGAAAGGGGAAGAUGUGACUCUGAAGGCGGACGUGUAUUCUUUUGGCAUCACCUGGUGGCAGAUAAUCACCCGUGAGCUUCCAUACGAAGGAGACCGCCAGUGCAUUCUAUACGCUGUUGUGGCGUACAAUAUGCGGCCGCCAGUGAAUGGGGACACGUUUAGGAAGUCAUCGUUUGGACAGACUUGUAUGACUCUCCUGGUGAGAUGCUGGAAUGCCAAUCCACACCAAAGGCCGACUAUGGAUGACCUACUCUCAGAACUCGAUAAGAUGCCAAGCUGCUGACACCCAUACAGACGAGUAGUAGCCCAUAUUGACUUAACCAGAAUUUGGCAAGGUUAAUAAAUAAAUAAAUAAAUAUUGGGUGUGUAUAGAAUGUACAGAUUGAAUGAUCUUAAAUUGCUUUUUUUUGUGUGUUGGCCUAUUUCUUGAUUUUUUUUAUUAUUGUUUUUUAGGCAGGGACCAAGAAUUUACAGUGUUUUUCAAUGUCAUUUUCAAGAUUCCUCACUGGCAUUACUCAAACUUUUAUGUUCUUAAUUGUUUUACGUUUACAACACAAUAAAACACUGUAUAAAAAGUUAGUAUGAAUUCCCUCACUUAAUGGUACAAUUUUUUACACAACUGAAUUUUAAUUAAGAGUUUUGCAAAAUACUUUUAAAUGUCCAUGUCUAAUUUACUGGGUAUGUGUUACAAAUUAAAUGAUUGCCAAUUA